AGUCAAUAGGAAGUGGCCAGAAGAGAGACUUGACUUCAGAGGCCGAAUAAAACAAAGCUAUGUCUCUGUGUAUCUCCCUUUCCUGGACUGAUCACACCAGAAGCACCUGGACUGCUUGUGGCAAAAUUCAGACUCUUGGAGGCGGCCCCACCCUUCCUGAAGUAGAAUCUCAAGAAGUCUUGGCGUCAGUUUCCUGCCUGUGCCAAGAUGAGUGACUGGAGCUUCCUGGGAGCAUUCCUGGAGGAAGUGCACAAGCACUCCACCGUAAUCGGCAAGGUCUGGCUCACUGUACUGUUCAUAUUCCGCAUGCUCGUGUUGGGCACGGCUGCCGAGUCUUCCUGGGGGGACGAGCAGGCAGAUUUCCAGUGCGAUACCAUUCAGCCUGGUUGCGAGAAUGUUUGCUACGAUCAAGCCUUCCCCAUAUCCCACAUUCGCUACUGGGUGCUGCAGAUCAUCUUUGUCUCCACGCCAUCUCUAGUGUACAUGGGCCACGCCAUGCACCUUGUGCGCAUGCAGGAGAAGAGGAAGCUACGGGAAGCCGAGGGAGCCAAAAUCCACAGCUCAGGCUCUCCGUAUGAAUACCAAGUGGCUGAGAAACCAGAGCCAUCCUGCUGGGAGGAAAUAAAUGGAAGGGUUGUCCUCCAGGGCAAUCUGCUCAACACCUAUGUCUGCACCAUCUUGAUCCGCACCACCAUGGAGGUGGCCUUCAUAGUGGGCCAGUACUUUCUCUAUGGAGUUUUUCUGAGCACCCUGCAUGUCUGCCGCAGAAGUCCCUGUCCUCACCCGGUCAACUGCUAUGUAUCCCGGCCCACAGAGAAGAACGUCUUCAUUGUCUUUAUGCUGGCGGUGGCUGCGCUGUCCCUCUUCCUCAGCCUGGCUGAACUCUUUCACCUGGGUUGGAAGAUUAGACAUCGAUUUGUCAAGGCCAGGCCAAGCACGACUGGAUGCCAACGUACUGGCCCAUCUGCUGGCGUGGUCCAGAGUUGCACACCUCCCCCUGACUUCACUCAGUGCCUGGGGAAUGGCGCUGGGGGAAAGUUUUUCAGUCCCUUCAGUAACAAUACAGUCUCUCAGCAGAACACAGACAACCUGGCCACCGAGCAAGUGCGAGGCCAGGAGCGGAUUCCUGGGGAGGGUUUCAUCCAUAUCCAUUAUGGCGAGAAGCCUGACAUGCCCAAUGGAGUCUCAUCAGGUCACCGCGUUCCUCAGGGCUAUUAUAGUGAGAAGCGCCGUCUUAGCAAGACCAGCAGCAAGGCCAGGUCAGACGACCUAUCAGUGUGAACCUCCACCAUGGGAGAACCAGGGCCAGGAGGGGAGAAAAGAGGCUCACAGAGAAGAAAAUUCCUUCUGACCCCGCAUUCUCAUUCUCACCACUGCUCUGCUCCUUUUGGGCUGUGAGUCCCAUUUGCAUUGCUCAUUAAUUCUAGAAGGUAUAACCAGAGUUCUGGAGAGCUUACUCCUGAUUGCCACCCAGCAGGUGCUGUCCUUCCCCAUCUUCUACUAGCUUACUUGGUCAGUCUUUCAGAUUAUCCAGUAAAGAUGGUGGGAGAAGGGGAAGGGAACUGUGACAAAAUCAGGCUGGAGAAGGAUAGCUGUAAGCAUAGAAUACCAGCAACACAGCUGAUAGGUUCUCAGUUUCCAGUGGCUUUCUUGACUACAUCACACCCUCCACUCCCACCUUAAGAAAGAACUCAGAAUUCUCAGGCAAUAGGGGGCACCAGUCAAAGAACUUGAUUAUCUGUGCUCUUGAACCUAUUGUUUCCUCUGUUGGGCCAGAUCUUGGAGAGGUGGUGAGGCGGCCUAUAACUGCCAUUGGCUACCCCUGCCUUUACCCAGUCUUAAAAGGGAAUCCUUGGAACUUGACCAGCCUCAGUUUUACAGGUGCCUUGGCAUGUGUCUCAGGCAAAUGUCCCACCUUGGUGAUGCUGCAGCCUUUACUUCUGCCAGGAUGUACAAUCAUGCCAUGAGGGUGCCAACUCCUCCAGAGAGUCACUGUAUACACAAACUGCACUGGAAUUUCUAACACCACCUCUCAUGCAGUCUUACAGUUCAGCCCAAUGAUAGAAGCCAUUCUUGCACUUCUUCCCUUGGCUGUUCAUCCAGUGUUUGUCUGAAGACCACUUUGUUAACAGGAAUGCCCAGGAAGUCCUUUCCCCUCUCAGAUGCUGAAUAAAUCACUAGCCACUGAGAGCAGUAGGAUUUUUCUGGACUUUAUUUUUAAAAAAGAAAAUUGUCUUCUUAGAUUCCCCUUGGGGGAUAAAGACACUGGAAAAAUAUUUUCUAUUUCUUUUAUUGACUUCGAGCUUUUAGAAUCAAGAGAAAGUAUGAUGAUAGCUGUUGAGGUCCCCUGAUCUCUCUCUCCCUAGAGACAUCAGCAAGGACCUGCAUGCAGUAGGGGAAUCUUAUCAAGACCCUACUUAAAGUGCAUAGAGACUCCUAAAUUUCCCUGACUCCCAUGGGACUCAGGUAGAGGCUGAAGUAAAGCCUGGCCUUCCCCAAGGACUAGUUCAUUGUCUCUACUGGGAGGAUCCAUAAUGGGAUGGGUGGCUGCCACUGUGAGUGCAGGGAAAAGUUGGUAAGAAUUGGAUAUUAAGAGUAUCAAGACAUUAUUACAUUUAAAAGAUGCUGUGUGUGUGCAUGUGCGUGCGUGCGUGCGUGUGUGUGUGUGUGUGUGUGUGUGUGCACUGGUAAUAGGGAGGGGAGUCACAAAAUAAGAAAAAGAAGCUGUAGAGAACCUGUUUUCCAGUCGCCUUGCAGAGGACCUAAGCCUCAUUGUCUCAGUGUUACUGGCCUGCACAGGUGGGCAUGAGAGGCUGGAACAGAGGAGGCUAAAGAUUCAGAAAGAGACGCAGUUCCUCCCUGACCUGCUCAUUUCUAGAACAUUCUGCAGCUAUUUGGAUGGUAUAGGUGGAUCCCAAGAAGGAUUCAAGACAAUAGAUGGGGGAAAAUACCUGGCUGAGAUACCAUGUAGGAAAGAAUGGUAAUUCCGGGUCUCUGAAGGGAACACAUUUAUUAUCAUAAUGAGAAUCUUAAUGGCACUGGCAUGAUUCUCUGUUCUUCCAUCUCUAAAAUGCAUAUUGUGAGAUGAUUGUUUCUGUAUUUAGAAUUCUACGAGAUCAGUCCUUGAUGGUAGGGUUUUUAGGAAGGAAAAAUAUUUGAACAGUACAUGUAAUCUGUCUUAAUAAUAAAAUCUGUCUCCACAUUUA